CGGUCUCGCGCCCUGUCUCUCUCUCUCCUUCGGUCGAUGGUGCCACUGCCGCCGCCGCCGCCGCCGCUACUGCUCCUUGUGAGGGGGGAAAAGAAUCCGCCUCAGCCGCCGCCAUUACAAGGCCGCUUUUCUUCCCUCGCUUCACCCCACCCACCGAUACCCUCCUCCUCCUCCUCUCACCGCGCCGGGGGAAGGAAAGGAAGGGAGGAAGGAAGGAAGGAAAGGAGAGGGAGAGAGGAAGGAAGGAAGGAGGGGAACAUGGCGCCGCCUCCUUCUCCUCCCGCUGCCGCCUCGGGUCCUUCUCCGCCCCGCCCCGAGAGCCCGGCCAGGACCCGCUGCUGCUGCCGCCGCCGCCGAGCUGGGGGGAAUGCUGUCUAUCCAGUGCUGAGGAUCAGUGACAACUGAGCUGCUGAUGGCGCAUGCAGCAGGGAAAUAGCCACUUUCGCUGUCCUGGAGAUGAUUCACCUGGAUCGCCAACAGCCAUCCAGUCAUUUUUGAUAUUGCAUGGGAGUGCGGCAGACUCUAAUACUCUAGGAAGAAGCCGAGUGUGGCAGGAUGUUUGGAUGAUGAUGAUGGCAAGGAAGCAAGAUGUUCGCAUUCCCACCUACAACAUCAGUGUGGUGGGGUUGUCUGGGACAGAAAAAGAGAAAGGGCAGUGUGGCAUUGGGAAGUCUUGCCUGUGCAAUCGGUUUGUACGGCCCAGGGCAGAUGACUUCCAUUUGGACCACACUUCGGUUCUCAGCACCAGUGACUUUGGAGGAAGGGUGGUUAACAAUGACCACUUCUUGUACUGGGGGGAAGUUGUGCGUUCUUUGGAGGACUGUGUGGAAUGUAAAAUGCAUAUUGUGGAGCAGACUGAGUUUAUCGAUGACCAGACUUUUCAGCCCCACCGCAGCACAGCCCUGCAGCCCUACAUCAAAAGGGCUGCUGCGACAAAACUCGCAUCAGCUGAAAAGCUCAUGUACUUUUGCACUGAUCAGCUUGGGCUGGAGCAAGACUUUGAACAGAAGCAGAUGCCAGAUGGGAAGCUGCUGGUGGACGGCUUUCUCCUCUGCAUCGACGUCAGCAGGGGUAUGAACAGGAACUUUGACGAUCAGCUCAAGUUUGUUUCAAACCUGUACAAUCAACUCACGAAAACUAAAAAGCCCACUGUGGUGGUUCUGACAAAGUGUGACGAAGGAGUGGAGCGGUACAUUAGAGAUGCGCACACUUUUGCCUUAAGCAAAAAGAACCUCCAGGUGGUGGAGACGUCUGCCAGAUCCAAUGUGAACGUUGACUUGGCUUUCAGCACUUUAGUGCAGCUGAUCGACAAAAGCCGGGGCAAAACUAAAAUUAUCCCUUACUUUGAGGCUUUGAAGCAGCAGAGCCAGCAGAUUGCUGCUGCUAAAGAUAAGUACGAGUGGCUGGUGAGCCGCAUAGUCAAAAACCACAAUGAGACUUGGUUGAAUGUCUCACGGAAGAUGCAGUCCUCCCCUGAGUAUCAGGAUUAUGUGUAUCUGGAAGGGACGCAGAAAGCCAAGAAGCUCUUCCUGCAGCACAUUCAUCGCCUCAAACAAGAACAUAUAGAGCGCAGGAGGAAGAUGUACCUUGCCUCGUUGCCUCUUGCUUUUGAUGCCCUUGUUCCAGACCUGGAUGAAAUAAACCACUUGAGCUGCAUAAAAAUGGAGAAGCUGCUGGAGACAAAACCAGACUUCUUAAAGUGGUUUGUUGUUCUUGAAGAGACCCCCUGGGAUGCCACCAGCCAUAUAGAUAACAUGGAGAAUGAGCGCAUUCCCUUUGACCUGAUGGAGACCCUGCCUGCUCAGCAGCUCUAUGAGGCCCACUUAGAGAAGUUGAGGAACGAGAGGAAAAGGGCAGAAAUGAGAAGGUCUUUCAAAGAGAAUUUGGAGACUUCCCCUUUCAUAACACCAGGAAAACCUUGGGAAGAAGCUCGCAGCUUCAUCAUGAACGAGGAUUUUUAUAUGUGGCUUGAGGAGUCUGUCUACAUGGAUAUUUACAGUAGACAUCAAAAGCAAAUUAUAGAGAGGGCCAAGGAAGAAUUUCAGGAACUGCUUUUAGAGUACUCAGAACUGUUCUAUGAACUGGAGCUUGAUGCCAAACCAAGCAAGGAGAAAAUGGGUGUCAUCCAGGAUGUGCUGGGUGAAGAGCAGAGAUUUAAAGCACUACAAAAGCUGCAAGCUGAACGAGACGCCCUGAUCUUGAAACACAUUCAUUUUGUUUACCACCCAACAAAGGAAACCUGUCCCAGCUGUCCAGCUUGCAUAGAUGCUAAAAUCGAGCACUUGAUAAGUUCUAGGUUCAUCAGGCCAUCUGAUCGCAAUCAGAAAAACUUGCUUUCAGAUUCCAAUAUAGAUAGAAUCAAUCUAGUCAUUCUUGGUAAAGAUGGACUUGCACGUGAGCUAGCAAAUGAGAUUCGAGCUCUUUGCACAAAUGAUGACAAGUAUGUGAUAGAUGGGAAGAUGUAUGAGCUCUCCUUGAGACCUAUAGAGGGUAAUGUCAGACUUCCUGUUAAUUCUUUCCAGACACCAACAUUUCAGCCGCAUGGUUGCCUCUGCCUUUAUAACUCUAAGGAAUCUCUGUCUUACGUUGUUGAAAGUAUUGAAAAGAGCAGAGAGUCAACCCUUGGCCGAAGGGACAACCACUUAGUUCAUCUUCCUCUGACUCUGAUUCUGGUCAACAAGAGAGGAGAUACCAGUGGAGAAACACUACACAGUUUAAUACAGCAAGGACAGCAGAUUGCCAGUAAGCUACAAUGCGUCUUCCUCGACCCUGCUUCUACUGGCAUUGGAUAUGGGCGUAAUAUUAAUGAAAAGCAGAUCAGUCAAGUUCUGAAAGGCUUGCUGGACUCAAAGCGAAACUUAAAUCUUAUGAGCUCAACAGCAAGCAUUAAAGAUCUGGCCGAUAUCGACCUUCGGAUUGUCAUGUGCUUGUUGUGCGGAGAUCCUUUUAAUGCAGAUGAUAUUAUUCUACCUAUUCUUCAGUCCCAAACCUGUAGGCCUUCCCAGUGUGGAAGCAGCAAUUCUGUCUUACUUGAAUAUUCCAUAGGACCACACAAGAGGCGUAUAGAACUCUCCUUGCUUUCAUACCAUUCCUCUUUUAGCAUUAGGAAAAGCUGGUUGGUCCAUGGCUACAUUUUGUUUUAUUCAGCUAAACGUAAAGCAUCUUUGGCUAUGUUACGUGCCUUUCUUUGUGAAGUGCAGGACAUUAUCCCUGUUCAGAUAGUGGCACUCACUGAUGGCUCAAUAGAUGUUCUAGACAAUGAUUUAAGCAGAGAACAGUUAACCGAGGGAGAAGAAAUUGCCCAGGAUAUAGAUGGAAAGUUUACAACCAUACCUUGUAGUCAACCUCAGCAUAAACUAGAGAUUUUUCAUCUGUUUUUCAAAGAUGUGGUGGAGAGGAAAAACAUCAUUGAAGCUACCCACAUGUACGAUAAUGCCGCCGAAGCGUGCAGCACCACAGAAGAAGUGUUCAAUUCACCCCGGGCUGGCUCGCCUCUCUGUAAUUCAAACCUUCAUGAUUCAGAAGAAGAUAUUGAGCCUCCGACCUACAGCCCUUUCAGAGAUGACACAUCCAUGCCCACUUUGUCCAAAGAUCUUUCUAAACUUUCCAUGGAGCUGGAGGGGAAUGAUGGUCUUUCUGUCUUUUCUGCUAUGAGCACUUUUGAAAGCAAGUUGAACAACAAAGUACCUCCGCCAGUGAAACCAAAGCCCCCUGUCCACUUUGAUAUUAAGGGGGACCUCUCCUAUUUGGAUCAAGGGCAUCGGGAUGCACAGAGGAAGUCCAUGUCUUCGACCACGUGGCCACCUACAGAUGGCUUUGACCCUUCCGAUUAUGCGGAACCCAUGGACGCAGUAGUCAAACCAAGGAACGAGGAGGAAAAUAUCUACUCUGUGCCUCACGACAGCACCCAAGGCAAAAUCAUCACCAUUCGUAACAUUAACAAAACCCAGUCCAAUGGCAGCGGCAACGGGUCGGACAGUGAAAUGGACACAAGCUCCUUAGAACGAGGCCGGAAGGUGUCCAUCAUUAGUAAACCAGUGUUGUAUCGGACAAGAUGCACGAGGCUUGGGAGAUUUGCCAGUUACAGGACCAGUUUCAGUGUAGGGAGUGAUGAUGAAUUGGGGCCAAUUAGGAAGAAAGAAGAAGACCACACUUCCCAAGGAUAUAAGGGAGAUAACGCUGUCAUUCCAUAUGAGACGACUGAUGAAGAUCCUAGGAAAAGAAACAUCUUACGUAGCUUGAGGAGGACAACAAAGAAACCAAAGCCUAAGCCUCGGCCAUCUAUCACAAAGGCUACAUGGGAGAGCAACUAUUUCGGGGUGCCUUUGUCCACUGUAGUGACACCAGAGAAACCCAUCCCCAUUUUUAUUGAGAGAUGCAUUGAAUACAUUGAAGCAACAGGGUUGGGUACUGAAGGUAUCUAUCGGGUGAGUGGAAACAAGUCUGAGAUGGAAAGUUUACAGCGGCAGUUUGAUCAAGAUCAUAAUCUGGACCUUGCAGAGAAGGACUUCACUGUGAAUGCCGUAGCUGGAGCCAUGAAGAGCUUUUUCUCAGAACUGCCUGACCCUUUGGUACCUUACAACAUGCAGAAUGAACUGGUGGAGGCCCACAAGAUCAAUGACAGAGAGCAGAAGUUGCAUGCACUUAAAGAGGUGCUGAAGAAAUUUCCCAAGGAGAACUAUGAGGUCUUCAAAUACGUUAUCUCUCACUUGAGCAAAGUAAGCCACAACAACAAAACCAACCUGAUGACGAGCGAAAACCUCUCCAUCUGCUUCUGGCCUACCCUGAUGAGGCCCGACUUCAGCACCAUGGAUGCUCUCACUGCUACUCGUAUUUAUCAGACAAUCAUAGAACUCUUCAUCCAUCAAUGCCCUUUCUUUUUCUACAAUCGGCCCAUCAUUGAGCCUCCCGGGGCCAUGCCCAGCUCUCCCUCUGCCAUUCCUGCCAGCACGCCUUUCCUGUCCUCCACACCUGUGAUGGCCCAGCCAUCCCCUCCACAGACUCCUCCUCCCCCCUCACCGCAGUCUCCCCUCCAGCCCCUUCUCGCCCCACAGCUUCAGGCUGAGCAGCACACACUGUGAACCCUGGGCACAAGAGGACAUCGAGGUCUCCUCCUGUUCUUCCACGCGGAACAGAGACUGGAAACUCAACCCCGUCAUCUGUCGCCCUCCCCCCGUCCCCCUCCCCUGCCACUUGGUUGCAAACUUCAGCUGGGCAAACUUCAGGGGCGAGCUGGAGUAUUGGACACACGUGACGCCUUGGUUCUGCCUCAGUGCCUGGCACGGAAGGGCCUGCUGCGUCAAGGAUGACGUCGGACAUUCCUUUGAGCAGGAGGGGUCUGGACCUCUCUUUGAAUGCUGGAUCCGAUCAGUUCCAACCGGAGCAAACCUGUAGAACUCACGCGAACACUGCCGCGAUCAGCUGGGGGUGGGGUGGCUUUGGACGAGUGUUUGGGGAUUUCUCCUGUACACAGACAGCGAAGACCUGCUUCAGCCUGGCGAGAUGUGGAGCCCCUACCCCCAAACACAUUCCACGAUCUGCAACCAAGGGCCUGUUCUGCACCGCUGGGCACCUCCUCACCUGUUUUGGGGAGACCACCGUUUCACCUUAGACCAACUCUCACCAUCCCAGCAUAGCUGCUCAGAAGGUCUGGACCAACACAUCUGCAAAGAGAGGCUUUUUAUGUUUUGGCAAAGGUGGAAUGUAAAUUUCUCCUGACUUUUAAGUGUUGGCCAAUCGUAAAGGGGGAAGGAACGAACCUUGAAAACAAACAAAUGGCGAGGAACAUUAGAAGAAAACACCGCCACCAUCCGCUGGUUGGGUUGUUUUUAAUCUGGCAAAGUAGUAGUUUGGGACAAUGGCUCCUUUUUACUUGAGCAGAGAAUUUGUGUGUGGCAGAGGCUCCCUGGCAGGGUGUGUGUGGGGGGGUGAGGGCAGUCCAGGUUUAGUCUGGCUGGUUCUGCUAUCUUUAUUUGACAAAUCAUUAACAUAUCUCUCACACUACAAACACACCCACACUUUCCGCCUCACGCAAAAUAUUGGUGUUUGCACUUAAUUGAAGGGAGAGUGUGAGGCAAGGGCAUGUGUGUGCGUGUGCGUGUGUCUUUUGCAAACACAAACGAUGAUUUGCUGUCUGACUUGGGAUUUAAUUCCUCUAGAACACUAUGUUGACAGAAACACUGUUGUUAAUCUUCGUGCGCGAGUGUAUGUGGGCCGUAUGGGGUUGGGAGCCAGUGGUGCGGCUAUAGAACAGUGGCUUUUUUAAAAAACAAAGGUUGCUGGUGGAAACAUUUUAAAGGAUAAAAGCUGAUGCAGGAAUGAAGUGGAGGGAAAUGCAAGUGAAUUUCACCCCCCCUCUCCAAACCCAGAGUCAGAGGAGGCAGGCUAACAGAAGAAAGCCCCACACUGCGGUCUCCUGGAGUGGCUGGUCC